CGCCCAAAGUGUCUCAAUCGGUUGUGAACCAGACGGAGACGAAGAAAAAAAAACCUGUGAUACGCAUUGUCGAACUUUCACUUGGAAUCGCUAAGGUCAGUCGGCCAAAAUGUUCGGGUGCAUGACCAGACGGAUCCAGGACUACAUCGUCGAGAGGAAAAGAUGCAAAGCCCGACUGGUUACCAAAGAUGGUCGCUGCAACAUUGAAUACGGGAACGUCCAGUACAGAAGCCAGUUACAUUUCCUGGCUGACUUCUGGACCACCUUCGUAGAGAUCCGGUGGCGUUUUGUCCUGUUCAUGUUCUGCGCCUCCUUCUCCCUCAGCUGGUUCAUAUUUGGCCUGCUGUGGUACUGGAUUGCGCGCAGCAAUGGAGACCUGACGUGGCAACGCCCGACAAUACAUCACACGCCGUGUGUCGCUAACAUGGAGGGACUCACCGAAGCUUUCCUUUACUCCUUUGAAACCCAGACGACUAUCGGGUAUGGUGGCCGAGCGCUCACCCCUCACUGCCCGAGUGCCGUGGCCCUUCUCAUCAUCCAGUACCUCCUCGGAACCAUUAUCAAUUGCUUCUUGUGCGGAGUCAUCCUGUGCAAAAUCUCAUUGCCCAAAAAGCGGGCAAAGAGCAUCUCGUUCAGUGACAUGGCUGUCAUCAGCCCCAAAAACGGUUUCCUUUCCCUGUCGAUCAGAGUUGCUAACCUGCGCAAGUCCCUGAUGAUAGGAAGCCAGAUCUACGGCAAGCUGCUGAGGACGACGUACACACCCGAGGGGGAGACGAUCAUCAUGGACCAGGUGAGCAUCGACUUCACGGUGGACGCCGGCAAGGACAACCUCUUCUUCGUGUGUCCUCUCACGCUCUACCACAUCAUUGACAAAAGUAGCCCCUUCUUCGAGAUGGCCGUGGAUACGCUCCACAAACAAGAGUUCGAGCUGGUCGUCUUCUUUGACGGCACCGCAGAGUCCACCACCUCUGCUUGUCAAGUCCGGACCUCCUUCCUUCCUCAGGAGAUCAUGUGGGGCUACAACUUCUUACCCAUCAUCUCCAGAAGCAAAGAGGGCAAGUACAAAGUGGACUUCUCCAACUUCUCCAGGGUGGAGCCAGUGGCCACGGCGCACUGUGCCUACUGCUUCCACAACAUUAAGGGCCACCAUCAUCACUCAAUAGACGGACAGGAAAACGAGGGCUUUGAGGUGAUUGAAAUCAAUGAUCCCCCUAGCACCGAUAUGUGAGCGCCUGGACACGGAGUAACAGACUAUAGAAACUGGUAUAAGAGGCUUACACCGCCGAAGGAUGAAUGCCUCAAAUCUCAGGUGUCAAGGCAGACCUGAUGGCACUUUGUGUGGCAUUCAAACAUGAUGUAAAUAAAACCUGUCUAAUUGUUAUUCUAUUGUUUUUAACAUAGAUUAGAAUGGCGUCUGUGGGCCAGGACACUGAACCAUUUUUAUGUAAAUCCACACCUGUCGAUGUCUGCUGAAAAGACAAAACCUGUUUUACCAAAGGGACACUGAGACACGCGAGGCAGACAGGCUACAACUCAGCGACGGAGACAGAAGGUUUUAAUCGACUAAAAUGAAUGAAAUCUUUAAUCCUGGUGUAAAUCGAAGCUCAGCGGGCCACUCUUUUCAAACAGUGGGUGACGAAGUUGUGGUUUUCUCCUUGAGUGAAGACAGGAAGCCUGCAUGCUGAAUGGUAUAAUAACCAAUUGUCUGUAUUUUGUUUUGGUAUUUUAU